CUCGGUGUGUGGCCGGAACCGAGAAAAGUAUCAAGAGGAUCACGAUUACUUUCGAGUAUAAUAUUCUGGUUUACGACUAUUGUGACGUUUACUUUCAUCUGUGCACCACAAACAGCAAAUCUGGUAUUGAAAUCAACUAAUUUGGACGAAAUAAUCGAAAAUUUGUCGAUUAAUAUACCGAUCGCCUUUGCAUUGGUUAAGCAGAUCGUUCUACGGUAUUAUAAGAAGGCCCUGACGCUAUUACUCAGCCAAAUGUUCGACGACUGGAACGAGCCAAUCGCAAAUCAAGAUCGUCAAACGAUGUUAAAGAACGCGAAAAUUAGUCGAAUGAUAUCUAUAGUCUGUUCCACUCUAACGUAUCUCAUGCUUUUCGCUUUUAUAUCGCUACAAAUUUGGAGUAAUAUGCAAAGUGCGUCAGAAGCCGAUCUAGGAGGACUCCUUCAUCCAGCCACGUUUCCUUACGACAUAAGCAAAAGUCCAAAUUUCGAGAUUACAUGGCUGGGACAGUUUAUGGGCACGGUGUUAACCGCGAUAUGCUAUUCUUGCUUCGACACGUUCCUUGCGGUUCUUGUGUUGCAUUUGUGCGGUCAAUUAACUGUUCUUAGAAUGGCACUCGAGGAUCUAGCUAACACGACGAAGAAGGAUAAUAAUUACGCAAGAUUCCAUGAACGACUGGGAUUCAUUGUGAACAGGCACAAUCUGUUAUCUAGGUUUGCCGUGAUCGUGGAAGAUUGCUUCAAUCUCACGUUACUUAUUCAGACUGUAAUCUGCACAGCGAUGUUUUGUCUGACUGGAUAUCGUAUGAUAACUUCCGUAGAUCAAGAGCAAGCGGACGUACCAAUAGUUGGAAUGAUGUUUUUCAUCAUACACGUAAUUUAUACUAUGCUGCAUCUUUUUAUUUAUUGUUAUAUAGGAGAAAUGCUUCUAGGGGAAAGUACCGGUGUUGGGCAAGCAGCAUACGAGUGCGAUUGGUACGAUUUACCACCGAAGAACGCGAUUUCGCUAAUUAUCGUAAUAUGUCGCGCGAAAGUAUCGUUUCAAAUAACAGCUGGCAAAUUCAGUCCCUUCUCGCUCGAACUCUUUAAUGCUGUUCUAAAAACGUCUGCUGGAUACCUUUCAGUAUUGUUAGCCAUGAAGGAUUGAUUGUUCGAAGAAAAGUAACGUAAUCGUAUGGUUGAAAUAUAUUGGUUCUUGUAUAUGGAAGUAACAAUAAAAAAACACAAUACACCGAGCAUUUUAUAAAAUCACGUUACAUAUCGUAUAAAUAUUUUGAUAUCCGUUCAAAAGUACAUAUUGCGAUACAUAUAGUCCCAUAACAAUACUUUUAUCCGAAGGAAUUGCACAAUCAUUCGAAGAAUCUUUUGGUAAAACGAUCAAAACAUUGAAAUAUUCAUAAAACUCACAUUUCGUUGAAAAAGCACGUCUUCCAAAGAUUUUGCUUUUGGUUUUUUCCUCGUCGUUUCCACUUCACCGUUUUAACUUACUGCAAG